AUGGCAACAUAUAUCUCCUUGCUAAGAACUAUAGUUUUCUUCUUCACUAGGAUAAUACUUCAUAGACACUCUAAAACUCCAGGGUACUUACAAAGAAAAGUUAGCAAUGCCUUAAAUUCAUCUUCUCAAACCAAGUUUCCAAGGUACCCUUCUUUUCUUGGGUCACAUGAUCAUGAUGAUCAUACUUUGAUCUUUAACAUGGAGGAAACAUUGUUGAAAUCAUCUUUAAUCUUCCCAUACUUCAUGCUCGUCGCAUUCGAAGGUGGAAGUCUUUUAAGGGCAUCGAUCCUUCUAAUUAUGUACCCUUUUAUAAGCUUAUUAAGCAAAGAAAUGGGGUUAAAGAUUAUGAUUUUUAUUAGCUUUUUUGGGUUAAAAAAAGAUGGGUUUGUAGUAGGAAGAGGUGUUUUACCUAAGUUUUUCCUUGAAGAUGUUGGGUUAGAAGGGUUUGAAGUGGUUAGAAAGUGUAAAAGAAAAGUGGGUGUAAGUGAUUUGCCUCAUGUGAUGGUUGAGAGUUUUUUAAGAGAGUAUUUAGAAGUUGAAUAUGUUGUUGGAAAAGAGUUAAAGGUUUUUAAGGGAUAUUUUAUUGGUUUAAUUGAAGAAAAUAAGAUUAUGGAAGUGAAAGCUCUUAAGCACAUUUUGGGUAAGGGAGAUGUGAUGUGUUCCAAUAUUUUUGGAAUUAGUGGCACCAAAGCAUCCCUAAGUCAUCCAUUGUUCUCCUUUUGUAAGGAAAUUUAUUUAACAAAUGAAGAAAUGAGGAAAAGGUGGCAAUCUUUACCAAGUGAAAAAUACCCUAAACCUUUAAUAUUCCAUGAUGGAAGAUUAGCUCUUAGACCAACUCCAACAUCCAUUUUAACCCUAUUUUUAUGGUUACCUUUUGGAAUAUUACUUGCUAUUUUUAGAGGUGUAAUUGCUUUAUUUCUACCCACUAAAAUAGCAACUCCAAUCCUAGUAUUUAGUGGCUUAAGACUAUUAUCUUCUACAAAACACCCUACCAUUCCAUUAACUUCUGCAUCAUCAUCACAUUUAGUAUAUUCCGCUCAUAAAUACCGCGCUACAAAUUUUCGAACUUCAAAUCUAAAAUGUUCAUCAAUGGGUAAACUCUAUGCUUGUAACCAUAGAACUUUAUUGGACCCGCUUUACCUUUUUUUUAUACUAAACAAACCCCUUACUGCAGUAACUUACAGUCUAAGUAAACUAUCAGAGAUUUUAGCACCAAUCAAGACCGUUGGAUUAACUCGAGAUCGAAAAAAAGAUUCAAUCAUGAUGAAGAAACUCUUGAAUGAAGGGGACCUUGUGGUUUGCCCCGAAGGAACUACUUGUAGGGAGCCCUAUAUUUUAAGGUUUAGUCCCUUAUUUACUGAGAUGAAUGAUUAUAUUAUUCCUGUAGCGUUGGACUGUCAUGUAACAAUGUUUUAUGGUACUACUGCUAGUGGUCUUAAAUGUCUAGACCCAAUUUUUUUCCUUAUGAACCCUAGACCUAGUUACACUGUCCAAUUUCUUGAAGUUGUCAAUGGUUUAUCCACGUGUCAAGAUGGAAGCGCAUCGAAAUUUGAUGUGGCUAAUCAUGUGCAAAAAGAGAUUGGGGAUGCCCUUAACUUUGAGUGUACUAACCUUACUAGGAAGGAUAAAUACUUGAUUUUGGCAGGUUACAAUGGGGCUGUGUAAUUAGCUUAGGGUGAUUACUUUAGGUUCAUUAAAGGAUCAAUUUUUUAAGUUCUUUUGUAUAACUAUUAUACUCUGAA